AUGGAAGAACUGUUAAAAAGGGAUGUAUCAGCUACCUAUGUAGGUGAAACAAAGAGAGGGAUGAUACCUCUUUUUAUGGCAGCCAAGCAAGGUUAUCGUGGAACAGUUUCAAAGAUUCUCUCUUCAUGUCCAGAUUGUUGUGAAAAAGUGGACAAAAAAAGUUUGAAUUCACUUCAUUAUAUGGCUUUUAGAGACUCUGUCUUCCAAUUAUUAGGAAGUUCUGUUUUCAAGCGUGGUGGUUUUGAGAUUGUAUAUGAAUCAGCCAGAAAUCUAAUGGAGUUAGAAGGUGCCUUUGGAAUCAUACCUCAAGAAGCUUAUAAUGCACAGAAUCAUUUUAGGAAACAACAUCAUAAACAGGAGUAUAAGCAAAUCAAAGAUUUGUUGGAAGAAAUUGAGAAUGAUCAAGUGGAAAAGGAACCAAUUCGUCACUUUCACUUACGAAAUGUUUCUAUGGAAAUAUUAGAGGCUACAAGAAAUACUCAUUUAUUAGUGGCAGCACUUAUAGCCACUAUCGCCUUCGCAGUGGCAAUAACUAUUCCUGGUGGUUUGAAGAGUGAAAAAGGUUCAGUGGAAGGCAUCCCCCUUUUGAUUCAUGAGGCAACCUUUAAAGCAUUUGUUGUAACAAAUGCAUUGGCCCUUAUUUUAUCUGUUUCUACCCUCUUUAUCCAUUUUGGGGUUCUGGAUAAUCUAUUAUAUCAAUUUAAAUUUUGGCGUGAAACAGUUUCAUAUAGAACUCAAUCUGUUUCUAGGCUCCUCGGCUAUGCAAUGGCUGCAAUGCGAUAG